UAGUGGAAACUGCAAAAAAGCUUUGAUUUUUAUCCCUCCUGAUUGUAUUUUUCUUGCAUUUUUAUAGUUAUAGUAGCUUGAAUUGCUUAUUAUUUGUUAUAGAGCAUUGCUUUGUAUGCAUCUAGGUAGUUGGGUUGAUGGGUACUAGAAUUGGGCAAGUGGGAAAACAGUUAUUUGGAAUUUGAGAGGUAGUUGUAGGGAUUGAGUUGAAACAUUCAAACUUUGAAGUAUACUGGUCAAUUUCUGGCAGUGUAGUGCUUUUAGGCAUUAAGAUUCCUAGGAUGGUGACUUUGAGAAUAAAGACAUGGAUACUUUUGGUUUUAUCUGUUUCCAUAGUAUUAAGGUUUUUGGGUCAUGUGUCAGAUGCUGCCUUCACUCCUGUGGAUAAUUACUUAAUUGCUUGUGGAUUUUCAGAAAAUGUCACCUUUCUUGGCCAAACCUAUGUUCCUGAUUCAGUUCGAUCCUCGGUUUCUAUGGAAAGUGAGGGAAACCUUGUUGCAGCCACCUCCAAUUCUUCUGCCCCUUUUCCUAUAUACCAAUCAGCUAGAAUUUUCACCAGUACAACAUCUUACUUGUUUGAUAUUGAGCAAGAAGGCCGGCAUUGGGUCCGCCUUUACUUCUACCCUCUUCCAGGCCACAAUUUAACAUCCGCUUCAAUAACUGUAGUCACAGAAGAUUUUGUUCUCUUGAACAAUUUCAGUUUCAAGAGAUACAAUGGCUCUUACCUCUUUAAGGAGUAUGCAAUCAAUGUUACUUCUGAUAGCUUGAUUCUUACCUUCAUCCCAUCAAACGGCUCUGUUGCAUUCAUUAAUGCAAUUGAAGUUGUAUCCAUCCCGGAUGAGUUGAUCCCAGACAAGGUGGCUUCAGUUUCUCCAUCGAGUUCUAUUAGUGGCCUUUCUGGGCUGACCCUUGAAACUGUUUAUCGUGUAAACAUGGGCGGUCCUCUCAUUACUGCUCAGAAUGACACAUUAGGCAGGACUUGGGAGAAUGAUCUGAAGUACCUCCAUGUAAACAGCUCUGCCAUGAAUGUUUCAGUUAGUCCAUCGAGUAUAAAAUAUCCAGCUUCUGUCACGCCUGAAGUUGCGCCAGAUUUGGUUUAUGCAACUGCAGAGACUAUGGGAGAUGCAAAUGUAGCUAAUGGCAAUUUCAAUGUUACUUGGGUCUUUUCAGUGGAUCCAAAUUUCGUGUAUUUUGUUCGAGUUCAUUUCUGCGAUAUUGUGAGCGAGUCUAUGAACAGUUUGGUGUUUCACCUUUAUAUCAAUGAUGACAUUGCUUUAGCAGAUCUUGACGUGACUAAUCAAGCUGGCAAUUUGGAUGUGCCAUAUUACCGAGAUUUUCUUUCCAACUCAUCAACUGAUGAUGUAGGCAUUCUAACAGUGAGUGUUGGUCCAGACCCAAGUGCUGAUUUCAUCAAUGCAAUCAUGAAUGGUUUGGAGAUCAUGAAGCUUAGCAAUGGAGCCAGGAGUUUGGAUGGGGAUUCACCGGUUGAGACUCUCCAUGCAUUGCCCCCGAGAAAGAGCAAGAAAGGUGUCAUCAUUAUCUCUGUUGUGGGAGCAUCAGCUGCACUGCUGAUGAUUGGUUUGUGUUAUCACUGCAUUUCAACCCGCAGGUCGAAGGCCAUUCAACAAGGUCUGGGGCAUCAUUGGCUCCCUCUUGGAAAUUCUUUGACUCUGUCAAAAUUUUCUACAAUUUCCCAAAAGAGUGGAACAGCAAGUUGCAUCUCCUUAGCUUCUCCUAACCUUGGCAGGUUCUUCACUUUUCAAGAAAUAAUGGAUGCCACUAAUAAAUUCGACGAAGGCUUGCUUCUUGGUGUUGGUGGUUUUGGUAGGGUCUACAAGGGAUCACUGGAAGAUGGUAACAAGGUAGCUGUCAAGAGAGGAAACCCGAGAUCUGAGCAAGGUAUUGCUGAAUUUCAAACCGAGAUUGAAAUGUUGUCCAAGCUUCGCCACCGUCACCUCGUGUCUUUGAUAGGCUAUUGUGAUGAAAGGUCAGAAAUGAUACUUGUUUAUGAAUACAUGGCAAACGGGCCUCUUCGAAGCCAUCUUUAUGGAGCUGACCUCCCACCGAUUUCAUGGAAGCAGCGCCUUGAGAUCUGUAUUGGGGCUGCUAAGGGGCUUCAUUAUCUCCAUACUGGUGCAACUCAAAGUAUUAUUCAUCGCGAUGUGAAAACAACCAACAUACUUUUAGACGAUAACUUUGUGGCCAAGGUUGCUGAUUUUGGCCUCUCAAAGACUGGACCAGCUCUAGAUCAGACCCACGUGAGUACUGCCGUUAAGGGUAGCUUUGGGUACCUUGAUCCCGAAUACUUCAGAAGGCAGCAGCUCACCGAGAAAUCUGAUGUUUAUUCAUUUGGUGUAGUCCUGGUGGAAGUCCUUUGCUCAAGACCGGCUCUGAAUCCCGUCCUUCCUCGGGAGCAAGUAAAUAUAUCCGAGUGGGCUUUGUCUUGGCAAAAGAAAGGCAUGUUGGGCGAGAUCAUGGAUUCAAGCCUUAAGGGAAAGGUGAACCCGGCCUCUCUAAAGAAGUUCGGGGAGACAGUAGAAAAGUGUUUGGCUGAGCACGGGGUUGAUAGGCCUUCCAUGGGCGAUGUUUUGUGGAAUUUAGAAUAUGCUCUUCAGCUCGAGGAGACCACAUCAGCUCUCACAGAGCCCGAUGAUAACAGCACGAACCAUAUCCCCGAUAUAUCCUUGCCAACGCCCGAGCCAUUUGACAACAGCGUAAGCAUGAUGGACGGGGUUCAGUCAGGAACAGAUGACGAUGUAGAGGAUGGUGUCACCAGUGUUGUUUUCUCCCAGCUCAUGAAUCCACUUGGAAGGAGCCAAAGUUUCAUAAACUGCUAUCAAAGAAUUGCAUAUUCUUUGUGAGCAGUGAUUCCAACUGGAUUGAACAAGCAAUACAAGCAAUCUGUUGAGAGAAGUGAUGUAACUCUGUACUUAUCAUUGCCU